ACUCGGUGUAAACAAUGGCCAGUCACAAGCCUACCUCUCUAGUCAUAUUACUUUGCCUCAUUUCCCUGUCUUACUGCAGGGACAUUGAAAGAGAAAUGACGGUGGAAGUGAAGGCAGGGACGCAGGAAUGUUUCUACGAGAAUGUGAAGGCCGGGGAAACCAUAGAUGUGGAGUACCAGGUCAUUGAUGGAGGCCAAGGAGACCUGGACAUUAAUUUUAUCAUCUCAGCACCAACAGGAGCUGUCCUUGUUCAAGAUCUUCGGAGAGCUGAUGGAAAUCACAGGACCACAAUGUCUGAAGAAGGUGAUUACCGUAUAUGCUGGGACAACACAUUUUCCCACUUCAACUCAAAAACAGUAUUCUUUGGUGUUGUGAUUGAGAAUGAAAAUGAGGAUGAUGAAGACCUUUGGGAUGAUGGAUUUGACUCCAGUGUCACAGCUGAGGAUAUUUAUGAGAUGAAGGUGGAGGAUAUUAAGGAUGCCAUGGACAGGAUUAGAAACCAUCUCACAAAGUCACGCUUCUUGCAAGACCAGCUCCGAGCCUUUGAAGCUCGUGACCGCAAUGUUGCAGAAAACAACUAUACCAAAGUCAAUUUUUGGUCCACAGUAAAUAUUGUCAUUAUGCUCUGUACAGGCAUCAUUCAG